AUGGAUCUUGUGCAAAAGGAACAUGACCGGCUCUUGAAGAGGCUCAAGGCCUCUCAAGGGGCCCGGAACGUACAGUCUACUAUUGAUUUGCUACAGUCGGCACGGGAUACGAUUGCCUCUGACCCGACCUCUGCUGCGGUGACCUUAGCGAAGCUUCAGAAUCCCGUCAAGUCAUCUUUCGACACCAUCAACGAUAGUUUGAAAGAAACCCAUAGCGGCUUAAACAAAUACACCAAAUCACUGGACAAGCCACCGCACCAGCUCUUCAAAGAUCGGCCUCUCCCUAGUACCGAGCAUGACGUUCUCUCUUCCCAAGAACAUUUGAUCAAUCGCGCUAUUGCCAUGCACCUCCUCCGCGAAGGACAGUUCUCCGUGGCAGCAACUUUUCUUUCGGAGAUUGCAGAGCAAAAGGCCACGAUGCAGGCACAUGAAUCUGGCCUCACUUCACCCGACCCUGCGAUCAACUUAUUCGACAUCGACGAAGUCCCCUCCCCCGAGAUCCGGAAGCAAUUUGCUGCCAUGUACUAUAUCCUGCAGGAGCUGCAGGAGAACAAGAACCUCCUCCCGGCCAUCGAAUGGUCGAGGGAGAAUCGCGAGGCGUUGGAAGCGCGAGGUAGCAACCUCGAAUUUGAGCUUUGUCGUCUGCAGUUUGUUUACCUGUACCACGGCGGAUCGGACUCGCAGGGCAGCAAUGGUCGGCAGGCGGCGCUGGACUACGCCCGGCGCGAGUUCCAUGCCUUCGUUCCACGGUAUCUCCGAGAGAUCCAACAGCUCAUGGGUGCCAUGGCAUUCUGUCCCAAUCUACAGGGCUCCCCCUACGGACAUAUUUUCAACAACUCUUCGGCCUGGGACGACGUCGCCCACUUUUUCACCCGCGAGUUCUGCUCGCUUCUGGGAUUGUCGGCCGACUCGCCCCUGUACAUUGCUGCAACCGCUGGGGCCAUCGCUCUGCCCACGUUGCUGAAGCUGCAGACGAUCAUGAAGGCGAAGCGCACCGAGUGGACAAGCGAAAACGAGCUCCCGGUCGAAAUCCCGCUGCCACCCUCGUACCUCUUCCAUUCGAUUUUCGUCUGCCCGGUCUCCAAAGAGCAGGCCACCGAUGAGAACCCCCCGAUGAUGAUGCCGUGUGGUCAUGUCAUAGCCGAGGAGUCGUUGCGGCGAUUGAGCAAGGGUAACCGCUUCAAGUGCCCGUAUUGCCCCAGCGAAAGCCACCCUAAGGAUGCGCGAAAGGUGUUCCUCUAG